AUUCAUGCCGGGCAAGAUGGCGGCGAUACGGACGAGGUGUUAUUGCCAGUGGACAUAAACAGGCAUUUUAUUCAAAAUAUAAACCCGAGGCAGAUACAUUCAUACACUCGGCCGUACUGUGUGUGUGUUUACCUCGCAGCGAGCAUCGACGUAUUUUUUAUUCCGCGCGUUUCAACGUUUUUUUCUCACAAAAUGUUCACGUUGUAGCUCGCUCGCUAACCGACCAGCUGGCUAACAGAGAGCAGUUACUAGCUAGCUAGCUAUCUAUAACAGCCAAGCCGCCGUGAAGUGUAGAAUGGGAGAAAAGCUGGAGCUCAAGCUCAAAUCGCCGGUUGGAGCAGAACCUGCAGGCUAUCCGUGGCCAUUACCAGUAUACGAUAAACACCAUGAUGCUGCUCAUGAAAUCAUCGAGACCAUUCGGUGGGUGUGUGAGGAGAUCCCAGACCUCAAACUGGCAAUGGAAAACUACGUACUCAUUGACUAUGACACCAAGAGCUUCGAGAGUAUGCAGAGGCUUUGUGACAAGUACAACAGGGCCAUCGACAGCAUUCACCAGCUGUGGAAGGGGACCACCCAGCCCAUGAAGCUGAACAAGCGUCCUUCCAACGGGCUGCUGAGACACAUCCUGCAGCAGGUGUACAACCACUCAGUGACAGACCCAGAGAAGCUGAACAACUAUGAGCCCUUCUCCCCUGAGGUGUAUGGAGAGACCUCUUUCGACCUGGUGUCUCAGAUCAUCGAUGAGAUGGAAAUGAUGGAAGAUGACACCUUUGUUGACCUCGGCAGUGGAGUGGGGCAGGUAGUGCUGCAGGUUGCAGCAGCAACCAACUGUAAACACUACUAUGGGGUAGAGAAAGCAGACAUUCCAGCCACCUAUGCAGAGACCAUGGACAAAGAGUUUAAAAAGUGGAUGAAAUGGUAUGGGAAGAAACAUGGGGAGUACACACUGGAGAGGGGUGACUUUCUGUCUGAAGAAUGGAAGGAAAGAAUUGCCAACACAAGUAUAAUUUUUGUGAAUAACUUUGCCUUUGGUCCAGAAGUAGAUCACCAGCUGAAGGAGCGCUUUGCUAACAUGAAGGAAGGUGGGAAAAUUGUAUCUUCCAAACCUUUUGCACCUUUAAAUUUUAGAAUAAACAGUCGAAACUUGAGCGAUAUUGGCACAAUAAUGCGUGUGGUGGAGCUUUCUCCACUCAGGGGCUCUGUGUCCUGGACUGGGAAGCCAGUUUCCUACUACCUGCAUACCAUAGACCGCACCAUACUUGAAAACUAUUUUGCUAGUCUCAAAAAUCCUAAACUCAGGGAAGAGCAAGAGGCAGCUAGGCGACGUCAGCAGAAGGAUACAAAGGACAGUAAAAGCAAUAGCACCACGCCCACAAAACCUAAAGAACAACACAAGCAACAGGACUCGUGCGGUGAGGAGGAGCGUCCUAGCUUGGUGACAGUGGUCAAGCCCACUGCCAAACCCAGAAGAGCCCGACUCUUGUCCAAAGGUCGUAAAUUGAACAACAAGAAACGUGGUCGACCCAAGAAAGCCGCACCUGCCGCUGAGAAGAAAAACAAGAAGAACCAGAGCGCUUUGGAUCUGCUGCAUGCCAAGACCCUUUCUGCGGCACCCCCUCAGGAUGCAUACCGGCCACCUCAGAGUCCCUUCUACCAGCUACCUCCCAAGGUCCAGCACUAUCCCUCUAGUCAACUGCUGUUGAGCCCGACUCCUCCUGGUCUGCAACAACUGCUAGAUAACAUCAAAGUUCAAUACCUCCAGUUCAUGGCCCACAUGAAGACUCCUCAGUACCGCUCCAACCUGCAGCAGCUUUUAGAGCAGGAGAAGCAAAAACACAGGGACCUGUCAGGCCAGGCGGAGCAGCUCCACACUGUUUGUCAGUCUCAGAAGGACAAGAUCAAAGGUCUCUUUCAGACCAAGCUAGACGAGCUCGGAGUGAAAGCCUUGACUGUGGAAGACCUGCUGCAGGCCCAGAAGGAGAUAUCGGCCCACAAUCGUCAGCUGAAGGAGCAGACAAAGCAGCUUGAGAGAGACAUGGCCUUACUGAGAGACCACAGCCUUCUACUGCUGAAGUCUCGAUGUGAGGAGCUGAAGCUGGACUGGGGCUCUUUGUGUCUGGAGAGUUUGUUGAAGGAGAAGCAGGCACUACGCAGACAAAUCUCUGAGAAACAGAGACACUGCUUGGAGCUGCAGAUCAGCAUUGUGGAGCUGGAGAAAAGUCAAAGGCAGCAGGAGUUGCUUCAGCUCAAGUCAUACAGCCCUUGUGAGGGCUCUCCAUACAGAAAGAGUAUGGAAUCACGCUCUUCCACAGACAUGGACUCCUCUAAGCUUGGCCUGUCAUCAGCCCCAGCUCUCAAUGGUGUCAGCCCAGAGCUGUCCAUCAACGGCACCAGCUCACCAUGUUUUGACCGUGCCAACACCAAGGGGGAGCUUCUUUCUCGGUAUCUGCCUAUCUCUCCGGACCAUGAGAUUGUACCCGCCAAUCCUGAUUCCCGGCAGAGGCAGCAGAGUUCAUCCUACACGCUUCCUGACUACACGCGCUUCUCACCUGCCAAGAUUGCCUUGCGGAGGCAUCUUAACCAGGACCCCAAUGCCUUUGCUCACUUGAGAGGCCCAGGGCUGGCCGUGCACAGGGAAUUGGGUGGUGUUAACUCUUCACUUGGAGUCAAACAGAACUGUCCCUCUCCCAAUGCAUCAGAUGCCCUGAAAAGUUCAGAGAGGGGUGGUAAAGAGAGGAGCCCAUCUGUUCAGGGUGACAACAGCAUCACAAGCCUUCCAAUAAGUAUCCCUCUGAGCACUGUCCACCCAAGUAAACUACCAGUCAGCAUCCCUUUGGCCAGCGUGGUACUGCCCAGUCGUGCAGAGAGACUGAGAAGUACUCCGAGUCCUGUGUCUCAGACAGGUCAGAGCAAUGGAUAUUCAGGGCUGAUUAAUGGAGGUCCCCAUCCUGAGGAUCACAAUGGUGCUUCUUCAUCACCUCCUCAACACAACAACACUCUUCUGACAGGACCAAUGGGCCGAGGAAGUUCCAUCCAGAGCCCCCCACUCAGCACUGGAGGGGUGCUCCAGUAUGCAGAUGGACCCCCGAGGAUUCUUCCAGAGGAUGGACAGGAUCACCAGGGAGGUGACUCCGACAUGGAGCCACAGGACAGUGAACUGCGGAGGAGAAUCUUCUUCUCUCCUUCCUCCUCUUCAUCUUCGUCUUCCUCUUCGUCAGGCAGCGGAGGCAGCAUGGUCGGAGGAGCACGCCUCCACCAUCACACUGGCAACUCAGCCAAGCAGGGAUACCACAGUAACCAUGGAAACCACCACCACCAGUCCCCCGGCACACAGCACACUCACCCGCCCACACAUACGUCAUCGAUGCACUCCUCUCACAGCCUCGGCUCGCAGGAGGGACGUAAACGGGGGAGAAGGAAGCGUAGCUCAGCAACGGCUGUCACGGCCAGCGGAUCCCCAAAGAGGAGGUCAUUCCCUGGACUCAGCUCCAACAACCACUCCUCAGGAUCGCCACUCAACAUUAACUCCAUGGUGAACAACAUCAAUCAGCCUCUGGAGAUCUCUGCCAUCUCCUCUCCAGAACAAUCAAGCCGCAGCCCCAAUGGGCCUGACCUCGACCAACCUCCCAUUUUGAAGAGAGAGCGCCCUCUGGAGCUCAAUGGCACAGGUCGUUACUCCUCAGCCCCCAGCUCUGAUGACGAGGACUCUGGAUACCCUGCUGACAGCUCCAGUUCACGAAUUGAAAGAAAAAUUGCCACUAUAUCCUUGGACGGACCUGGUAGACUAGGGGAUGGUGAAAGAGGCAGGAAAUCUGGUAGCAGCAGUGGUAACAGCACAGGCAGUGAGGCAUCCUCUUCGUCCUCCUUGUCCUCUAACAGCAAGUGGAAAUCCACCUUUUCACCCAUUUCUGACCCCAAGCAACCCAACUCCGACCUGAGACAGGGGGGUUCUCCGUUCGGCAUGGGGGGAUCGAGCCGUGGCACGGACUCAGACUCUGACCACAAACAGCAGCAUCAGCAGGCGAGGAAAGGGAGUGAUGGAGAAUCGUCCAGCUACAUGACCGCCAACCCCUUCCUCAGCCAGGAGGCAGGGACCCGGGGUGGGGGCGGCAGCGGUGCCCAGGGAAGUGGCAGUUCAGAUCAGCGGCAGCCCCUCCAGAAGCAGAAGGCCCCCCGUGACUGGGAGCUGAAGACGAGCAGCAGCCUGGCUAGUCAGAACCUCUUCAUAUCUGCUGCUGCCAGCAGCGGAGGGGGCAUACUAAGCGGGAAGGUGGGAGGAGGUCCUGUAGCAGUUUCCUCAACCACAGGAUCUGUGGGACAAUACCUUGGGUCUCAGUUCCCACUUGGAGGGGCCUCAGUCUUACAAUCGUUGUUUGGGGCCCAGACAGGUGGAUCCACGGUGAGCGGGACCCCACGGCUCGUCAACGGACACUCUGCCCUGGGAAGCUUCUCCAGCGCUGGGCUGGCAGGGGGAGCAGCUGGAGGUAUAUUUCACCACGUGGUUCCCACAGUGUCCUCCCAUCAGUUUGGGGCGACGCUGCCCACCUCUGGAGGCCUCAGCUCUCUGCUCAGUCUCUCCUCCUCUUCCUCUACCUCCUCCCAAACCCAGCAGCACAUCACCACCCAACCAGCCUCCACGCGCCUUGCCUCCGUGUCCUCACCUCUCCCUCUCUCCCUGUCCCAGGCACAGCACAGCCGCAUCCAGUCAGUCCUUCAUAGCCCUUCUCCUCCCACGCUCUCCCUACCCCCUCUUCCACCCUUGCACAGCGCCUCCUCCUCCUCUUCCUCCACACCCACACAUUCUGACGCCCCAUCAUCCUCUAGAUCAGACUCCCUCCAUUCCUCCCGUCUGUCCCACUCCUCUCUCCACCACCAGAGAGCACAUACAUCGCUCUCUCACUCAAUCUCUUCCUCCACAUCUGCCUCGUCUGCUUCUGUCUCUGCUGCUGCUGCAACUGCUUCCCUCUCCUCCUCCUCCUCCUCCUCUCUGUCAACCUCCUCCUUGUCUCGUCCAUUCGCAGUGCACUAUUCCCCUCGGCUGCCCCCUCCACCACCAGCCAACAGCUCAGGUGGUGGCGGGAGCAUGUGGAGGACUCAGGGCAUGCAUGGCACCUACACAACCUCCCAGCUCCCUGGCUCCCGACCUAGAUAGGGUUUGGAGGUGAGGGAAGGGGAGGGAGGAUGGAGAGGGGAAGGGCGAAUGGCAAUCAGAGGGAGAGAAUGAGAGAGAGAGACUGGUAGGGAGUGAGGGAGACAGGAUACCUGUUUUUCUCUGCCCCCUCAAGCUGUUGUUCUGAUUGAACAAGGUAAUUGAUGAAAACUACCUCAACAUUGAAUAAACUAUGCAAAUGUCCAGGUGUGGACCAAGGCACUCUCCUCACUCCGUGGUGCUUCAAAACGUCUGCACUACCCAACCGCCUCCAAGACCGGCUUCUGUACUGGGAUCUCUGACACACACACAAACACACACAUACAUACACGCACACACUAACCACCACUAUGGUCCCCUUGAGCAGAAUUCAGAGCCACUGGUUUCUGUGUGAAGUGUUAUAAAUUUGAAAGUCAGUUUGGCUGCUGCACUACACUGAAUGGACUGAAUCAUCCAUAAUGUCUGGAUUGAAAUUAAGGUGCUCAGUAUUAUGACAGUGUGUCAUCAUUUUGUUUUAGUCUCAAGACACCAAAACAUUUUUUUUUUUUGACAUUUAACAACAGAUCGAUCGAAGGACACAGUCCACAUUUUUUAGCUGAAUGUAACCAGAGUCACGUUCCCCCCAAACACGAACCUUAUUAGAGUGCAAACACACACACACAGACCAGUUCACUGGACUCUGCUCGAAUAUCAUGCAGUUUGCCUCUCUGCAUGCGUGCUCUCUUAUCUGUUUUCUUCCUUUCAGUGAAAUUCAAUAUUUGUUGCAACAUCAUAGAAACAAGAUGAGGAACCUUUGGUCUAGCUUCACACUGGAAUAGUAAAGAUAGAGUUACUCAUGUAGCAGAAGAUGUACAAGUCCUGGCUGGUUUGUUGACACCCCUUAAAGCUUUGGUUGAGGUGAUGAUUUGCGAUAUUUUCAGUGUCCCUUUACUUAAAAGCAAAAAUUGUAAAAAUGCUGCCCUUUUUUGGCACACAAAACUAAUAUUUCCUUUCAUUGCUACUAACUGGAUCAAAAACCAAUGACAAUUGAUUCUGAGUGAUUAAAAUAAACCUUCAGGUGUCGUUCAGUGUUUCUCUUCUAAUAUGUGAUAUCUAACAUAUCAACGAAAAGUAUGUUUGCUUAUUUCAAAAAUGAGCUUUUUGGUAUGUUGUGACAGUAAUCAGGCAUAUUUAACAUCCUCUAAAGGAAUGAACUGAAGAAAGAAGAAUAUGGUAUAUGUUUUAAAGUCAUAACACACAAAAAUGUUAAUUCAAGGGGUGCCGAUAAUGCUGAGCAGAGCUGGGUACAUUUUCAUAGUGUUUUUUUUUUGGUUUUUUUUUUUUAAAUUAAGAAAAAGACCCCAUGAAAUACAUGUAAUGAGAUGAAAUGGUGCUCUUUGCAGACAUUGUCAUUCGCUCUCUAGUAGAGAUCAAGUGUUGUCAGAGAGUUGACGACACUGUUUAGUGCUUUAGUGAAGCUGAAUCCAGGUGUACAAGAAAUCAGAUUCAACUAAUUUCUGUAUUUAUUAACAUUUUCUUCUUCAUGCAAAUUGGGUAAAUCACACUACCACAUUGGACCACAGCAGAAAUACUCAUAGAGCAGGAAUUUUUAACUCUUUUUAAGCUAAGUCAUAUUUAUCUCUGCUGUUGGGACGCGCAGGUUUGAGCAAAUGUUUAGAACUCACUCAUGUUUUUUGGAAGUAUAGAACAAACGACACACACUCAUGCAUGCAAAAUCCUCACACACUGAGAAAAAAAAAACAAUUAAACAUGACCACAACAAACUACUGGACUCUCUUCACACCUUUUUGUUUGCUUUUUUUUUUUUUUUUUUUUAUUGUGUAAUUUGUUUUUUGUAAAGAAUGUUUGUACUGUGAAUGUGAUUCAUUCUGUAUAGUUGUGUAUAAUUUAGAUUAUUAUAUUUAUGCCGUCAGUCUAUCCAUUUGCCUUUGUAUUUGUUUUUCUUUUUUUUUUAUCCUGAAAUGUGUUGACAUUGUAGAAUGCAACAGUGUGUGUACUUGACUCACAGUCUGAAAACAAUGGUGCUACAUUUGGACUGUACCUGAUCUUAUUUAUUCUGUAGUGAAAACAUCAAAAACAAAUCCAAUACUUGGUGCUGUACACAGGGACAUUUGUAAAGCAUUUUCUCAGCAUUUCCUUUCUCAUAUUUAAUGUGCUAUUGUCUGGUUCUUUGAAUGCCUGGUAUACAACUGUAGGCACCACCUUUUAGAUGAAUUGACUCUGCAGCAGCUGGCUCAGAGUAAACAGGUAUGAGGACCUCUCACGUCACAGUUGGAAACACAGGUCAACCCGCUUUGCUCUCAAAAGUGAGCAGCUUAUCUUUUCGUGAACAAGACACACUGUUUUUGUACAUAACUUACUUUUGUUUCUCCUUGUUUGUCUCUCCAUAAACAGAAAGGUAUAAAAAGAAAUGUAUCUAUAUACAGUCUAUAUAUAUAUAUAUAUAUAUUUAUAUAUAUAUGAGUCUAUAUAUAAGUGAGUUGGGAUGUUUUGGUGCUGCAUUGUGACUUUAAACUCGACCUGUUAAACAGGAGGCUUGAAGCCAAGGAGAGUGAAGCCUCUCCACGCAGAUGGUGCCUAACAACAUGGCGACACAACAGCCCCUGAAUCCUUAUGACACACACACACCACAGACCUAGAAACACAAACCAAGGUGCUGUGGCUUGAACACAACUAGACUCCAGCACUAGAACUGUCUUUACUUUUCAUGUUUAAUCGUUUCUUCCUUUUUGAUUUCUGUUUUGUUUACCAACCCAGAUUCUGCAAGAAAAAUGGUGCUUCUGUUUUUCAAACAAUCCAGAUCUUACAGACUAAAUCCUUACUGGUGCAUACGAAACUAGGUGUCCACCUCCUUUACACGCACUGUCUGACUUUAGAUGUCUUACUGUCGAGGCCCUUACCUUGUAAUGUGAGCAUGUUGUGUAACUGCAAAGACAUGCUGAUGUAAAACACUUGUGUUAGGGUGUAUGUGUGCGUCACUUGGAGCAGCCGAGCGUCCUUUUUCUGAUAGAAUACAAUUAAGCUCAGUUUGCCUGUGUGUGUGUGUGUGUGCGUGUGUGUGUGUGUGCGCGUGUGUGUGUGUGCGUGUGUGUGAGUGAGAGAGAGUGUGUGUGGUUUAUUUUUUUUACUUGCCAGUGCAUAUCUAAGGGAAGAUUAGACUAAUAAGGAAAGCUUUAUUUUAAACUCCUGUCCUGUGCACUCACUCACCUGCGAGUGUCCAAGUGAAAAGAAGAAAAGUCCUUUUAGAAGAUGAUUAGAGACUAUAGUCCAUUUGUUACCAGCACUGAGAGGUCUUUUGUAAUUACUGUUGAUGCUGUUUUGAUUUUCUUAUUCUUGGUGUUUGAUACAAUUGCAGUUACAUGUUAUGCUUUUAAUUGUGUCUGCAGAUUCCUGUCAGUUUUUAAUACUACUAGUCAGACAGACAGCACGGUGCUCUCCUUCACUUAAAACAAGGAAAUUGCAGCUAUUGAUAAAUACUACUCUUUUCCUGUUGUGCUGCAGGGUUUAAUGGUUUAAUAAUCUUCAACACGAGCUUGCCUGGCGGCUUUCUUACGGUCCGGUCUAACCUAUGGAAGUUUCUCUAACCUGGAGGGGUGGCGCGGUGUGUGCGCACGUGAGAACAGUUUGGCCGGAGAUUCAGUUCAUUACAGAUUUCAACCAGUUUUUGUAGCUACUAGUACAAUCAGUCAAAGGGUUGAGGUGCUGUUAUUCAAGUCCUUUGGUGCACGAGCAUGAGUUGAAUUAAAGCUUUUAUGCAGUUCUCCAGCAUGCUCCAUCCUGGUACAUUAUUAAUCUGCGAGAGCUUUGCAGUCGAGGCUGUUUACUCUAAAUCCUGCCAAAGGUCUUCACUCAGGAACUUCCCAGAUUGCUUGAAAUCAUGUAAUGAAGUAAACAGUUUUCUUUUACUAAACUACUGCGUGUCACAAACCUAUUCAACAUUUUUGCGACAUGGUGAAGUCCCUCUCUAACCCAACUCAGGACCUGGGCACACCCCCUCAGCGAGUGUAUCUCGAGGUAAAAUCAGCCAACUGUCUCAUCCGAUCUCCUCAGGCCUCGUUUCUCACCGUCGCACACAUCGAGCCUCUCCGGUGAAAUCCAGCUUUAUAAAGCUUUAUGAGUCGGUCUGAUCUCGAGAAGCUGUGAAAUGGCUAAGACUUUCAGCAUCUUCCUCAUCUCACAAAUGCCUCUGUCUAGAUUCGUGUUUCUUAAAAGGAGGUUCACUGUCCUUUGUGUGGAUUCCUCGUUAUGUGGGGGGUGAACUGACUCUGGACUCGUGUGACCUACAGUCUGUGUACAGUUGAUCUCUGAUCGGUGCAGCCAGGGCAGGUUUGAGGUGCAAUAACGGCAAACCUACUUUCCAAAAGGCCCUGCGGUUUUCAUGAUAAAAUUGUUACUGUUUCGGUGUUGGUGCUUUUAUCCUAAGAUGUUAUAAUGAAACAAAAUGGAAUUAAUGUUUUUUUUUUCUGCGUUUUAUGAUUAUUAAUAAAAAAAAAUGUUUCAUAUAAUAUUUGAAUUGA